AUGCCCGCGCAUAUGGCGCCCUCGCCAAGCGCCCAACCUAACAGCAAACGUCAACGAAAGGUACCCUCGGAUGGUGGCUCCCCAAUGAAUCGAAUCAGUCCCGAGACUAUUCCUGAUGUCGUCAUGAAUGGUCCGCUCUCGGGCGGCAAGCCCUCGCAAAGCAGCAACUUUCGCAAUGUGAGCGCCUGCAACAGAUGCCGCCUGCGCAAAAAUCGCUGCGACCAGAAACUUCCCAGUUGCGCAAGCUGCGCCAAAGCUAGCGUUGCAUGCGUUGGUUAUGAUCCAAUUACGAAAAAAGAGAUCCCGCGCAGUUAUGUAUUCUAUCUCGAAACUCGGGUCGAGCAGCUCGAAAAACUACUUUCUUCAAACGGUAUUCCAUAUCCGCCCGCAGAGAAUCUGGAACUCUGUUCCCGUCCGAGCGCCGACACUGCUCCGCGAGAUUCGGGCUCCGCCAAUGGCGCCGCUUCGGAGCAGGCUUUAAAUAACGCGCGAAACCAGUCGUUGACGGCGAAAAAGGAAGGACAGAGCCCGGCUAUGAUGAAUUUGGUCGGCACUUCGAAACCGAAAUCCCUGGCUUCGGCAUCCGGCGUUUCAUUCGCCAGAGUUGUUUUCGCCGCUGUCCAAUAUUCUGUGUCUGACCAACAUGGACCUACAGAGCGACCAGCGGGAGGCCCUGCUACCUCAAUGCGCGACUCAUUCUUUGGCCUUCACACGAGGCCAACCAUCCAGCCAGCCCCAUUUCCAAAUCGCGAAGUUGGAAUGAGACUCGUGACCCUAUAUUUUGAGCAUGCCAACCCACAGAUCCCAAUCCUUCAUCGUGGCGAAUUCAUGCACAUGUUUGAGCAAGCCUAUGCCAACUCUCCUGAAUCCCUCGCCUCCAAAGAGCUUUACAUGCUAAAUAUGGUAUUCGCAAUCGGCUGCGGUGUUAUUGUUGGAGAACCUGUCAAGACAGAGGCAUCCGGCACAGUCAGAAUCGGCACCCAACAAGGAAAGGGACAGUGCGAGCCUGAAGAAUAUCAUGCAAGCGCUAUUGUUCAUCUAGAAUCUUGUCUAAGUUUUAGUGGAGGCGGUCUGGAAGUUUUACAAGCGGUGCUCUUGCUAGCGAAUUUUGCGCUUCUUCGCCCAGUCCCUCCUGGCCUCUGGUACAUCACCGGUGUGGCUGUUCGCCUUGCUGUUGAUCUAGGCUUACAUUACGAAGAGGGUGGCGAAGCGGAAAACUCAGGACCGGAUGACACAGGUGACAAACAGGAUUCAAGCGCCAGGGACCGAGGGCGGCGACAAUAUGUGCGAGACAUGAGACGACGUUUAUGGUGGUGCACCUAUUCGUUCGAUCGACUGGUAAGCACGUGUGUCGGGCGACCAUUUGGUGUUAGCGACCAGGUCAUUACCACCGAGCUUCCAUCCGUACUGGACGACGACUACAUCACUCCCACGGGCUUUGUCGACCCUCUAGUAGAUGACGAACGACCGAGCUACAAACAUGUUGCGCAUCACUAUUUUCGGCUACGAAUGUUACAGUCGGAAAUACUACAGGUUCUUCAAUAUAACCAGGCCCAGAUUGCACGCCAAGGAAAUCAGGUACCCUGCUAUCCUGAAAUGCGCAAUCACGUUCCCUCGCCCUUUCUCGUCAAAUUCGAUUCAUUUCGGUCAUGGAGAAGCAAUAUUGACGAACGCCUAUUCCACUGGAAGUCGUCGGCGCCAACGAGACAAGAGACUGGUGUUGCUUUCUCAACGGAAUUCCUCGAGCUCAAUUACUGGCAAGCAAUUAUUAUGCUGUACAGACAAAGCUUAAGCGUUCCAGCCAUGUUUGAGGGCGAAUAUAACACGUCGCAUGAAGUCAACAGCCCUACAGCCUUUACCGCAGAGCUUCGGGAAGACGAGGACCGUAUCUACCUCAAGGUGGCGGAAGCAGGACAAAAGAUUCUGCGCAUAUAUAGACAGCUCCAUCUCAGCGGUCUUGUCAGUUACACAUAUUUGUCGACUCAUCAUCUGUUCAUGGCUGGUAUCUCGUACCUGUACGCUAUUUGGCAUUCACCGUUGGUACGGAGUCGUCUGUCCAUGGACGAAGUUGAUUUCACCGUUCUGGCCGCCAAGUCUGUCUUCACCGACAUGAUUGACAAAUGCCCACCGGCAGAGACAUGCCGAGACGCAUUUGAUCGGACAGCCAAGGCAACGAUCAAAAUGGCUAGCUCGAAUGGCGGUUUUGGCACCGCGAACCCUCGACCACGCCGGCAGCGCAGAGAGACAACGACUUGGGUCACAGCUCCUGUGCCUGAUGUUUCAGCAAUGAAGUCAAAUUCGCGGCACCUAGGUCAGGCGUCGGAUGGUCAGGGAUACCAGUUUGACCUGGCAAUGGGAGAGAACCUAUCCUCACCAGGGCUAUCGGCGGGCGGUGAUACAUCGGCGCAAAAUACACCGCCAUUGGGCACAUCAAAGACUCUUGACAGUGAUGCCGUCAUGUCAGAGCCACGGAGACACAGCGGGCCAAGCCCUGCAGACGGCUCCAUCAGCCAGGAUGGCAGCUCUAUUGACCCGCUUGUUCACUCGCCUCCAUUGCCUCGCCGCAUGACGACACAUGGAGGCACCAACGCAUUUAUGGGCCAGCAGUUUGGGAUGCAGGGGUCCAUGGACUAUCCAGACAGCCAGACCAUGGAGUUUCUGCAAACACUUGGAGCGACGCCGAAUGGUGACUUUUCGACGGUGGACCAGGCCCAGCUAGACCUCGGAUUCGGGAUCAACUGGGAGGGUAUGCAUAAUGACUUUAGCGAAGGCGGGCACAUUAAUCCCUUUGACACGUUCUUUUUUGGCGGACAGCCGAAUUCCGGGAACAAUAAUAAUAGCAACAACGGUAAUGGGUCUGGAGGAGGCAUGUCGAUGUAG